AUGCCAUCGCCACCCAAGCCUUGGGAACGUGCAGGCGCAGGCGCGGCUGCCGAUCUCUCCUCCUCUUCCACCAUGUCGUCCUCUGCCGCUUCGUCAUCUGCGCUCGCCACCACAUCCGCUGCUGCGCCCGCACUGCCCGAACGUCCGUCUACUCUCGGAGCAAGCUCGGCUGCCACAGGUGCAUACGGUGCAUCCGCCUACAACUCGCCCUACAGAAGCACAGUCGGUGGACUCGGCUCUACCUAUGGCGGCAUGGGCUCCACAUACGGCACCUCCUACGGCUCCCCUUACUCGCGCUACGGCGGCAUGGGUGGCAUGGGCGGCAUGGGCGGCAUGGGCUACGGAAGCUACGGCAGCUACGGAGGAUACGGCGGCUACGGAAGCUACGGCGGCUACGGAGGCUACGGUGGCAUGGGCAUGGGAAUGGGCAUGGGCAUGGGCGGCAUGCCAGGCAUGCCCGGACAGCCCGGCGACGUCUCGCUCACCCAGCGCAUGGAGGCCGGCACCCAGGCGACGUUCGAGCUCAUCAGCAGCAUCGUCGGCGCGUUUGGCGGCUUUGCGCAGAUGCUCGAGAGCACGUUCAUGGCGACGCACAGCUCCUUCUUCGCCAUGGUCGGUGUCGCCGAUCAGUUCGCCCACCUUCGCACCUACCUCGGCCAGGUGCUCAGCAUCUUUGCGCUCGCACGCUACCUCAAGAACCUCGGACUGCGCCUCGCAGGAAAGGCGCCCGCCGUCGAGCUCGACGCGCGCGAGUUCAAGGAGUUUGCCGCACACGGCGCCAGCGGCCAGCCGGGCAAGGCGGCGCGUCCGAGCAAGCGUCCGCUCAUCGUCUUCUUCAUGGCGGUCAUCGGCCUGCCCUACCUCAUGGGCAAGCUCGUGCGCUUCAUCACUGCCAAGCAGGAAGCCGAGCGCCAACGCCUCGAACAGCAGGGCCACAAUCCGGGUCAGGCCGGUCUGCUUCCAGGCCAGCACGGCGGAGGCAUGAUCGCCGCCAACGAAAACGGCGAGCCCAUCGACCCGAGCAAGCUCACCUUUGUGCGUGCGCUGUACGCCUACCCUGCCACCGACCCGCUCGAGCUGAGUCUGCAGCCCAACGACAUUGUAGCCGUGCUCAGCAAGCACGACCCGCAGACGGGCGCAGAGAGCGCGUGGUGGCGCGGACGCACGCGCGACGGCCGCAUCGGCUGGUUCCCCAGCACCUACGUCGAGUCGCUCGAGUCGGCCAAGGAGCGCGCCACCAAGGCUUCUGCAGCGUCAAACACCACAAAGGCAGCCGAUACCGCCGACAAGGCGUCCGCACAACCUGCAAAGCCUGCCACUGUCAAGGCCACCUAA